UCUUACAUUUUUCCGAUGAUCACUAGCCGACGCCGCUGCGGGUGACAGAAGCACGUUUUUGGUGUGGUGUUUUGAGUAAAAAUUCGCAAAGUAUUUCGGGUUGUAAACAUUCACGAUGGCACUGUUCCGUUUUACAGCAACAAAAUUGGCCGAAAGUCAGAAAAUUGUCCCUCAAAUAUCGGUGUUUUUGCGACAACUCAGCGAUGCCUCAACCGACCUCAAAGCGGUCCUCGCCGCCAAAAUCCCCAAAGAACAAGAACGUGUCAAAAACUUCCGUAAGAAUUACGGAAAUCAGAAAGUCGGGGAAGUCACCGUCGAUAUGAUGUAUGGUGGCAUGAGAGGCAUCAAAGGCCUCGUUUGUGAAACUUCGGUCCUCGAUCCAGACGAAGGUAUUCGAUUCCGGGGCUUAUCCAUCCCCGAAUGUCAAAAAUUGUUACCCAAAGCUCCCGGAGGCAGCGAACCACUACCUGAAGGACUUUUCUGGUUGCUGAUCACCGGGGACGUACCUACCGAAGCUCAGGUGAGGGCCAUUUCGAAAGAAUGGGCCGACCGUGCAGAGUUACCGGCACAUGUGGUCACACUGUUAAAUAAUUUGCCCACGAAUGUGCAUCCCAUGUCACAGUUGUCGGCUGCCAUCACGGUGUUGAACAGCGAAAGUAAGUUCGCUAAGGCGUAUUCGAGCGGUGUACACAAGUCUAAAUAUUGGGAGUACGUUUACGAAGAUUCUAUGGACUUGAUCGCGAAAUUGCCGGUGAUUGCAGCGACUAUUUACAGGAAUACGUUCAAGGAUGGGUCUGGUAUCGGUGCAAUAGACACUUCCAAGGACUGGAGUUACAAUUUCACGCAAAUGUUGGGUUAUGAUAAUCCCGAGUUUGUUGAACUUAUGAGACUAUAUCUCACGAUUCACAGUGACCACGAAGGCGGUAAUGUUUCGGCUCACACUGUGCAUUUGGUAGGGUCGGCUUUGAGUGACCCCUACCUGUCUUUCGCUGCCGGUAUGAACGGUCUUGCUGGACCCCUCCAUGGUUUAGCCAACCAAGAAGUACUCCUCUGGUUGCAAAAAAUUCGCCAACAAAUCGGCGACAAAGCCACUGAAGAGCAACUCAAAGACUUCAUUUGGAAGACGCUUAAAUCGGGUCAAGUUGUCCCAGGUUACGGUCAUGCCGUCUUACGUAAAACUGACCCCAGAUACACGUGCCAGAGAGAAUUCGCUUUGAAACAUCUCCCUAACGACCCCCUCUUCCAGUUGGUAUCGAACAUCUUCAAAGUGGUUCCCCCAAUCUUGCUCGAGUUGGGCAAAGUGAAGAACCCAUGGCCCAACGUGGACGCCCACUCCGGCGUGCUUUUGCAGUAUUACGGACUUAAAGAAAUGAAUUAUUACACUGUUUUGUUUGGGGUUUCCCGCGCAUUGGGUGUGUUAGCAUCGCUGGUCUGGGAUCGGGCUCUCGGUUUGCCGAUCGAAAGGCCGAAAUCGUUGUCAACAGAUGGUCUCAUGAAGGCUCUCAAGGCCGCUUAAAUCACUUUAAUAUUCCCCGCUGUACUUAAGCUAAGCGUCCGGUAGAGUUGGGGUUGGACGAUCGUUAGAGGAUGCUUAUCGAAAUUGUUAUCACUAGAACUUUUACCUGCUUUUUAUGAAUUGUUUUGUUGUUAAUAUUUUUAACAAAAUGUCCUAUUUAUUUUAUUUAUAGAGCAAGCAGCUGAGAAAUUUCAUAUUUGUAAAGAAUUAGAUAUUUAUUUCAGUGGCAUAGCCGACGAACCAUGUACAGUUUUAAAGCAGUUGUAAACAAACAACAAAUAAGACAAUAUACACUCAUAUCAUCGUCACAUGUCUUAUUUUACGGAAAUUGUUCAUUCAUUACACAUGGAAUUCAUUUUAUAAAAUUCGUAAACUUAAUAAAUUCCAAUUUCAUACAGA